UUCGCUGUAUUUAUUUAUUUACAAGUAUCGAGAGUCGUUCUAUCGAGAAGAACUAGUCACUUUUGCGCAACUUCAAGCAGUGCCCGAUAUGGGGCACUACUUUGCAAAUAACCUCGCAGUAUCGCAGCUGAUACAGUGGUAAUUUAAUCAUCUAGAUGACUUAAUUAAUUUCUUCGAGAAUUCCUUCGCGCACUACCGACAGAACGGUGUCGAUGCCUACAGUCGCACAGGACGAGAAAGGGAAUAUAUAUUAUUCGGUGGUUCCAUAUCGUGCGGGAUAGCCGUUUUGACAUAUUGUAAGUGUCUAACAGAGCAGGAAACACGAGUUUUCGAUCAACCAGGUAUGAUAGCACCCCAACUUAACCUAGAAGACCUAACUUGAGGUGAUACUAGGUUCCCACGGCAUCGCCGUGCACGUUGGAGCACGUCUCAAUACGUUUCAUUGAUACAUGUUAACGUUGACUUAAGUAAGGAGCAGUAAGGAGCAAAAUGGAUCACGAAGGAGAGCAGUAUGUGACAUUUCCCCUCACUGAUGUGCAAGAUGCUAUAGAGGAGAGCAUCAUAUCUCACGAGGAGAUUUGCGAGCCUGUCGACGAGUGCGUUCUCCAGGAGGGUCUUACGGAGGUCACCGUCAGUAACACCGCCAGCACUGAUAUCGUAGAGUCACAAGGUACCGUUGAGAUUCUCGCGGAACAGUCAGAAGAGGAGGACGAUGGUCAGGUAGUGUAUCCGAUGUACAUUAAGCAAGAAGAACAGCAGCAGUAUACAUCGGGUGACGAUGAGUCCAUGGCUGUGGAAGCGCUGCGUCAGCUGGGCGGCAUGUACCCAUGCUUCGAGGACAAGAAGGUCAGUUGCUCAGUCUGUAAAAAUCUCUUUACUCAAGAGGAAAUGGUUGAACAUCAGUCUGUAUGUCAGUCAUCACCUAAGCUGUCCUGUACCACUUGCGGAGAGAGAUUUGAGAGGAAGAUUGAUUUGAACAAUCAUAUGGUUUGUCAUCAAGUGGAUCGUCCUCAUGCAUGCAGAACAUGUGGCAACUUAUUUCGUUCCAAGAGCAGUCUCCAGACGCAUAUGCUGCAGGCGCAUAUGCAUCACGUCGAACGGCCGCACAAAUGUAACAUCUGCGGCUCGGAUUUCCAGAGGCCUUCCAGCUUGUCGAAUCACAUGAAGAUACACACGUACGUCGCGGGACGAGCCAUUAUGCAGUCGCAGAGUAAUAAUGCGUCUCAAUCGGUGGAAACUUUCAGGAAAUGGUCGGAAAACGCAUCUGAUUCGCCGAAUUCUUCUCAGAUACCAUCUUCUUCGUCUGCCCAAUCUAUACAGAGCUACGACGUGUGUCAGGUUCAAUGGCCGGUUUCGUCAUACAAUUUCCAGAAUGAACAAUCAAUAGUUACUACUAUGGCAAACAACCAGGACAAGAUGGAUACGCUGCAAGAGUUUACGGUGAUGCCUAAUGGCGAAGUGACGCAAUUUAACGAGUAUACCGAGCAAAAUAAUAUCACUGAUUCAGUUAAUAAUCAACAAUAUGAUAUUACAAUAAAUUCAUUCAAUACUCCCGAUGGAAUAGUGAAAGUUGAAACGCUUUACCGAUACAAUAAUGCGAAUAAACGAGAAUACGGAGAAGCCGAAGUGAACAGCAGCAAGCAGUAUACGUGUAAGCAUUGCGGUGUCAGUUUUUCACGCGCAACUGCGUUGGCGUCUCACGAGAAGAUUCACGUUUCCAAAAACUGGAACAUGCCAAUCGAGUGCGAGUACUGCGACAAGCAAUUUCAAGAUGGUAAUCAUUUGGCGACUCAUCAGACCACCUGCGCUAAGAAAAUAAUGCAGAGCAACAUCGAGCAAGGUGUGCCCAACAACAAAUGGGGCAAGCACGCCUGCUCGGAAUGCGGAAAGAAAUUCACGACCAAACAGAAGAUGUUUCGGCAUCAAUGGAUACAUCGCAAAAAGACUCAUUCGUGUGAGGUAUGCGGCUCGCAGUUUGAGAAGCAGAAUGAAUUAGACGAACACAGAUUGUCAGCGCAUCCCGGAGAUUCGCCGUUUACCUGUACAGAAUGCGGAAAGAGCUUUGUGUCGCGGCAGGGCCUGUGGGAGCAUGGCAGAACGCAUGCAGGGAGUCCAGCUCAUUUUCAAUGCGACACCUGCUCAAAAACAUUCUCAUCUCGUCAAGGAUACUUGAUACAUAAUCGUACUCAUACUGGCGAACGACCGUAUGGCUGCAAGUUUUGUUGGAAGGCGUUCCGAGACGGCGGAACUUUGAGGAAGCACGAGCGGAUCCACACUGGUGAGAGACCGCACGUGUGUCCGUUGUGCUCGAGGGCUUUUAAUCAGAAGGUGGUCCUGCGCGAACAUGUGCGAUGGGUUCACGCGGCGGGAAAGAACGAGACGGAAGCGAGCAGUCCUCCGUAUCAGUGUCCGCUUUGCGGCGCUAUGAAUCAAGAUCGCGAUGAGCUCUGCGCGCACAUCGUCAAGCAUUCGGAUCAGAUGAUAGCUGAAGCAAAGGCGAAGACUAAUAACGACACUCCUGUAAAAUCCAAGUCAACAAAGAAAAAAUCAUCAAAGUCGUUGAGCAGCGCGAACGCACAAAAGACGGAGCAAAACGAAGCCUUACUAUCCAUCACAGAUACAUCUGAUAAAACAGACGACAUGCAAAUAGACGAAAAGCAGAACAAUGCGUAUGUUGUAGUUACUACGGAAAAACGUAGCGAUGGCUUCAUCGCGAUAUCCGAGCUCAAGCAUAGCAGCAUACGGUUCAUCGUGGAUGGCAAAGAAGAUGAGAACAUUCAGGUACUUCAAGUGGAACAGGAUCAAAGAGAUUCUCUCAAUAUGAUGAAUAUAGAGAAGCAAAGCGACACAGUGAGCAUGGACGUGUCCGCGGAAUCCAUAAACGACACGCUCGAGGAAACGGUCAGGCAAGACGACAUGUCCACGAUACAUUUGAUUCAGUCUCCCAGGCAGGACAACACUCUCAACAUAAUAUCGAAGCAGAAUGAAUCAUUGCCCGUUUUGGCGAUACCAAAUCCGCAAGGCCAUGAGAAUUAUUCCAGUCAGAUUGUACAAAUAAGUGACGCGAACAUAACUGUGGAUGAACAUAACUUGAAAGAAGAAAAUCAUAUCGAAGACGAGCAAGAUUCUUUAAUACCGGAUGAAACAUCGCAUGUUAUUGUACAGUAUCAUCAUGACAGCGAUGAUGGAAGUUGUAUUUGUGGUAUCUGUGAGGAAAAAUUUGAUGGCAAAACUACAUUGAGAGAACACAUCAAGAUACACAUAUAAUUAUAGUUUUUACUUUGCUGUUCGCAUGUUGCUUGUGAUAUUUCACAUGCUAUUAAUGUGACUCUGUAGAAGGUACGUACAUACAUGAUGCAGUAAUUCUUUACUGGUAAUUCAAAAUGCACAGGAUUUAUUUACAAUUUCCGUAUACAAAUAUUCUAAACAAAUCUAACUUUUAGAAAACUAUGUAAUUAAAACGAGAUGUUGAUUUUAAUAUAAAUAAAGUUAUUGUACAUAAACUGCACAGUUAAUGUACAUAAAGUUUAUUUGCAAUAAAUGUUUUUUCAGUCAUGCAAGUUAAAUUAGCAAGUUGAAUUUAUGAAACCUAAAGAUAUUGCAAAUUAGACUUUAUAAAUGUAUUUUUAACUUAAAAAUAUAUUAUUUUAAUCUCAAAAUUAAUUACAUACGUUUUGGUUUUUUUUUCUUAGAAUAUAUAUCAUAAAAUUGUUCAACAACUUAUGAUAUAAAAAAAUUACUUUUUAAAUGUUUUAUUACAUGUAAGUAAAUAUACAAAGAAAACAAAGUCUGUUUCUGGAAAUAACAGCUUAUUGUGAUUUAAUAGAGCUUAAGUUCAACUCUACUUCUAUUGAAUGAAAAAUUAUGAAUAUUAAGAUAGUCUUAGAUGGUUAUAAAAAAUAUGUGGUCCUUUCCUUUUUACUAUCUUUAAAUUGUACCAAUAUGAAAUAGAUAAAUAAAUUUUAAUUAUACUUA